CACCCCCCUUCUCCGGACAGAAGGCCGGGUCCUGGGACUUGUCCUCUGACAUCGGGGAGCUGGGGGCCUGUUGCAGGAAGAAGCACGUUGCAAAGCCGACACUGUGCAGCAUGGUUGCCUGAGACAGAAGCCUCAGCAGCGGCUGGAGUAGCUGGAAGGAGGAAUAUGAAACCUUAGCAGGUCGCCUGGGAAGAGAGGUUGAAGAUGGCAGCUCAGCGGAUCCGAGCUGCCAACUCCAGCGGCCUCCCGCGGUGCAAGUCCGAGGGCACCUUGAUCGACCUGAGCGAAGGGUUUUCAGAAUCGAGCUUUAACGAUGUGAAAGUGCCUUCUCCCAGUGCCUUGCUAGCAGACAAUCCCACGCCUUUCGGAAAUGCAAAGGAAGUGGUCGCCAUCAAGGACUACUGCCCAACCAACUUCACCACCCUGAAGUUCUCCAAGGGGGACCACCUCUACGUCCUGGACACGUCGGGCGGGGAGUGGUGGUACGCACACAACACCACGGAGAUGGGCUACAUCCCUUCCUCCUACGUGCAGCCCCUGAACUACCGGAACUCCACGCUGAGUGACAGUGGGAUGAUCGACAAUCUUCCAGACAGCCCCGAUGAGGCAGCCAAGGCGCUGGAUCUGCUCGGAGGGUGGGCAGAAGACAAGAAGGGGCCAAGCAGACCCUACAGUAACAACCCUUUCUGGAACGGGGUCCAGACCAACCCGUUCCUCAAUGGGAACGUGCCGGCGAUGCCCAGCAGCGUGGACGAGCUGACUCCCAAGAGCACCGUGGACCUGCUCCUCUUCGACACGGGCACGUCCGCUUUCACCGAGUCCAGCUCUGCGACCACCAACAGCAUCGGCGACAUCUUCGACGAGCUGCCGGCCACACACCGACUCCACACGGAGCCGCCGGUCAAGCGGGACAACCCGUUCUUCCGAAGCAAACGUUCCUACAGCCUGUCGGAACUCUCCGUCCUCCAAGCCAAGUCCGACGCGCCCGCGUCUUCGGGGUUUUUCACAGGCUUGAAAUCGCCGGCCCCCGAGCAGUUCCAGAGCCGGGAAGACUUCCGCGCCGCCUGGCUGAGCCACCGGAAGCUGGCCCGGUCUUGCCACGACUUGGACUUGCUGGGCCAGAGUCCCGGGUGGGGCCAGACCCAGGCGGUGGAGACGAACAUCGUGUGCAAGCUGGAUAGUUCGGGGGGCGCCGUGCAGCUCCCCGACACCAACAUCAGCAUCCACGUGCCCGAAGGCCACGUGGCCCCAGGGGAGACGCAGCAGAUCUCCAUGAAGGCCCUGCUGGACCCCCCGCUGGAACUCAACAGCGACAGGUGCAGCAGCGUCAGCCCGGUGCUGGAGGUGAAGCUGAGCACCCUGGAGGUGAAGACCCAUCUCAUCUUGGAGAUGAAGGUUUCAGCCGAGGUGAAAAAUGACAUUUUCAGCAAAAGCACAGUGGGCCUCCAGUGCCUGAGGAGCGACUCAAAGGAAGGGCCAUAUGUCCCCAUCCCACUCACCUACAGCUACGGGGACACGGUCCAGGUCCAGCUGGACAACCUGGAGCCCUGCAUGUAUCUGGCCAUCGUUGCCCACGGCCCGAACAUCCUCUACCCUUCCACGGUCUGGGACUUCAUCCAUAAAAAAGUCACCGUGGGUCUCUAUGGCCCCAAACACAUUCACCCAUCCUUCAAGACAGUGGUGACCAUUUUUGGGCAUGAUUGUGCCCCCAAGACGCUACUGGUCAGCGAGGUCACCCGCCAGGCCCCGAGCCCUGCCCCAGUGGCGCUGCAGCUCUGGGGCAAGCACCAGUUCGUCUUGUCCCGGCCCCAGGAUCUCCAGGUCUGCAUGUUCUCCAACAUGACCAACUACGAGGUCAGAGCCAGUGAGCAGGCCAAAGCUGUGCGCGGGUUCCAGGUGAAGCUGGGCAAGGUCAGCCGCCUCAUCUUCCCCAUCACCUGCCAGAACCCUGGCGAGCUCUCCGACUUCACCUUGAGGGUGCAGGUGAAAGACGACCAGGAGGCCAUCCUGACCCAGUUUUGCGUCCAGACGCCCCAGCCCCCUCCAAAAAGUGCCAUCAAGCCAUCCGGGCAGAGACGGUUUCUCAAGAAGAACGAAGUCGGCAAGAUCAUUCUGUCCCCGUUCGCCGCCACCACCAAGUACCCGACUUUCCAGGACCGCCCCGUGUCCAGCCUCAAGUUCGGCAAGUUACUCAAGACGGUGGUGCGGCAGAGCAAGAACCACUACCUGCUGGAGUACAAGAAGGGCGACACCAUCGCCCUGCUCAGCGAGGAGAAGGUCCGGCUGAAGGGCCAGCUGUGGACCAAGGAGUGGUACAUCGGCUACCACCAGGGCCGGGUGGGCCUCGUGCACGCCAAGAACGUGCUCGUGGUGGGCAAGGCCCGGCCCAGCCUCCUCUCCGGGCCCGAGCUGAGCACGUCGGUGCUGCUGGAGCAGAUCCUGCGACCCUGCAAGUUCCUCACCUACAUCUACGCCUCGGUGCGCACGCUGCUCAUGGAGAACGUCAGCAGCUGGCGCUCCUUCGCCGACGCCCUGGGCUACGGCGACCUGCCGCUCACCUGCUUCUGCCGCGCCGAGCUGGACAGCGAGCCCGAGCGCGUGGCGUCCGUUCUGGAGAAGCUGAAGGAGGACUGUAACAACACGGAGAACAAGGACCGCAAGUCCUUCCAGAAGGAGCUCAUGAUGGCCCUACUGAAGAUGGACUGCCAGGGCCUGGUGGUCAGGCUCAUCCAGGACUUCGUGCUCCUGACCACAGCGGUCGAGGUGGCGCAGCGCUGGAGGGAGCUGGCUGAGAAGCUGGCCAAGGUGUCCAAGCAGCAGAUGGAUGCGUAUGAGUCCCCCCACCGGGACAGGAACGGGGUCGUGGACAGCGAGGCCAUGUGGAAACCUGCGUACGACUUUCUACUCACCUGGAGCCACCAGGUCGGGGACAGCUACCGGGAUGUCAUCCAGGAGCUGCACCUGGGCCUGGACAAGAUGAAAAACCCAAUCACCAAGCGCUGGAAACACCUCACGGGAACCCUGAUCCUGGUGAACUCCCUGGACAUCUUGCGAGCAGCCGCCUUCAGUCCUGUGGACCAUGACCAUGACGACUUUGUGAUUUGAGGGGGCUCAUGCUCUCCGUCUGUCCUGGCUGCCCGCAUGGUCACACGGAGCUGGGGAGGGAGGACGGGUCAGCUGCUCAGACAGCUCCAGGGCCCCUCCCGGCUGGACGCACCCCCCAGGACCAAGCACACGCCAUGCUCCACCGCCUCCUGGAACACGGGGGAGCCUGAAGGGAAUUUCUGCUGCAGGUUGUUGCCAAUCAAAUAGCUUUCUAUUUGUUAAAUAUAAAUUUAAAAUCACUUUUUUUUUAAAGUAUGGGGGGUGGGGGCAAAUGAGAAAGGUGGUAUCUAAUUUUUUAAUGGACCAUAAAGGUUAAAAAAAAACACAUAAUGGGACAGAUGCUGUUGAGGUUUUUAUGUCAUAUAAAGACCUUUUUAAAUUAUGUUACAGAUGUAUAUAUGUAUUUAAGGCCAUGAGGGUGUUUCUGAUUGCUGGACACACUUUGCAUUUCAACACUUAGCGCAGAAAGACACUCAUCCAGGUGUUGGACCUUCUUUGCUGUGUACUUGUAAAAAGGAAAUCAAAUAGGAAACGCGGUGUUUCAGUGAGUGAGUAUAGUCGAUGCCCGUUCUUUCUGACACUGGUCCUGCUCUUCCCUCUUACCAUGACCUUGCGUACCUUUGCCUCGUGUUGCAGUAAAGGCUCAGCCACAGCACCUGGGAAGCUUUUCUGAGCUUUAGCGGCAGAGUGGAAUCCAGCAUGAGCGGCUGGAUGCCCUUGAGAUGAAGAGCAUCAGCAGUCGGCGGCUUCCGCAGCCCCUGCCCGUGUGCAGUUUGUCCUGCAGAAGAGCUCCACCGUGGAGACCAAGGUGGUCCCUGCAGCUCUGAGAGGCCAAUGUCACCCUCCUCCCUGGGUGGAGGGGGUCCCUCCUGCAGAGCUUGGAGCCACUCCUCUGGGUGUGAAGGAAACAUCACCACAAGCAUCACACCCCACACUGGUGUCCAGAGGUGCCUGCUGUCCUCUGCCAAACUCUACUUCCUUCCACCUAAAAUGUAACCCUGCUCCCCUCCUGGUGUGCCCAUCUCUCGUUGGAAAUAAAUAGCAUAGGGAAAUUUUUUUUUUAAUAUGAAGAUUAUGUGAGUGGGAUGGACGUUUUCUGAAAUUGAAAAUGUUUCCCACAUAAAACCUGGGAUUUGGCCGACUGUCGCAUCGCUACCCUUCAUGGUUGCAGAUCAACUUGCGAGGCUGCAUCCCAAGGCUGUUGCAUCAUCUCAGAAAUGGGUGAGGGGCAGGGUUAAGACACAUCUGGCAGGUCAGUCCAGCUGAUGUCCAAGAAUGUGGUCAGGACACGCACUGUGUUUAGAUGAGUCAUGUCGGGCAUCUGGGAUUCCUGAAUCUCACUGACUCAAUCUGCUUUCUGGAAACAUGUUAAUUACUUAGUAUAAUCAGCGUAAAUCUUUUCUUGGGCUAAAACGUUCUUAUAUAUCUAUUGGUUCAGAUACUGAAAUCCAACUGGCUAAAAAACAACAACAAAACACUGCAUAUUUUAUGCUGCAAGAACCAAGACACACAGUUCCCCGAUCAUCACACGAAACAACCUUAAAUUCUGCUUCCUAACUCUCCACCUUCCGUCUUCCCAGAGAGCAUCUCUCACUUUUCCCCAAAGAAGAAAUAAAACCCGUCGCACCUUAAAUAUGGAGAUUUUUUUCCUCAGGGGCUUUAAAUAGUUUCCUAUGCAACAUGUGUUGUAGCACAAAUUAAAUUCUACAAAGUUGCAGUAAAUUUUCUUUGGAUAUUUUAACCUGUUAAGUGUGUGUGUGUUUUUCUGUACCCACUGGGCUUUAAAUAAAACAAAAGCAAAA